AACUUUGUGAGAAAAAUAAACUGUAGCAGAGAAAAAGGAAAAUGAAUCAAAAUGGAAAGAACAAGAAGACAAAGGAGGAAGGGGUGGGCUUAUAGAUGCUGACAACGUUGGAAGCUUGUUUGUUCUUGCUCAGAAAAGAAAGCAACAUCGCAGUAUCUUCAAGGAGUUAUUCAGACAGCGGAGACCAGAAAGUGAAGCCAACCUGCUCCUGACCACUGGAAAAUGUCCGUUACUGCUCCUGUUGGAUUCCCUUCCCGCCCCUCAUUAGCAGUGGAAAUGGUGUGGACUCAAGGGAUCCUCCUCUGCCUGUGUUUUCUGACACCAAGUGUGGCCCAAAGCCUACAAGCUUCAGAGAUGAGCCUGAUGCCUGGUGCUUUUGAUGACCAGUACAUUGGCUGUACUGAAAAAAUGGAAAAAGAUGCCCCCAGAUUGAUGGAGGAAGAGAUGAAGAAGAACAGAAACUUGAGAGAGGAGUGGAACAAAUCAAAAGAAAUAUGGAACAGCAAGAAGAAAUCUCUUGACAAGAAUCUCCCAAGGGACUUUAAGGAUGAAUAUGGAAGAGCAAUUAUAGUCUAUACUAGUAGUGCAUUUAGUGGAGAUCUGAAUAAGGCAGUACGGGAGUCUGCUACCUCUCUAGCUACCUACAACAGCAAUUUCCAUUUCAAAGCUUUUCAUUACUACCUGACAAGAGCUUUACAGCUCCUAAGAAAGAGCUGCAAUGUGACGUACAAAACACCAGUGUACAGGGGAAUCAGUGGCGUUAGAUAUGAGAAGAAACAAUUUGAAAUCAUGAGGUUUGGAUAUUUUGGCUCUUCAUCUUUUAACAAAGACGUAGCUGAGCAUUUUAGGAACGUCACUGGAUGCUUGCUCACCAUCCACACUUGCUUUGGAGUUGAUAUCAUGCAAUACUCCUAUUCUAAGGAGCAAGAAGAAGUACUAAUCCCCAUCCAUGAGAAAUUCCAGGUGUUCCCAGGACAUAAUGGGUCCAACAGCCUUGUCCUCCGAAGCACCAACCAGACCUGCAGCCAUUUUAACUGCGCCUGUCUGGGGAAUCCAGUGACCAUGAUCCCCAAUUGGCCCCCAGACCUGGCCGCUCAUGUCCUGGCACAGAUAAAUUUAGAGGGGGACAAGAAAGUCCCUCUAGGCAGGUUCUUCCAAAAUGGCCCACUGGGAGCAAGAGAAAAAGAUGCCAGCCAUGGACAGGAGAUGAGAGGAAAAAGAACUGUGAAACCAACACUGUGAGCCAAGGCAUCACCUUCCACCUCCAGAUGUGCCCCUCGCUGUUUGGAGUAUCCAUUCUCCUGCUCAACGCUGCUGCUCUCAAGCUGUUUGCUGCUUCCUAAGUGUUCAGACCCUUCCCUUUUUCCGCUUAAAGCAAGUCCUGCUGAGAGCAUUCAUGAGGCACGCGCCUCCUCUGCUGUCACCUCAGCGCUCCACGGGGAUGUGGGGGGAGUGUGACUGAUCCCUGCUUGCACCAGCUUUGAUGGUGGGCUGCUCUUAAUGUCACCACAAUGAGAAGCUUGCAUGCUUUAGGUGGGACCUGCCCUACAAGGCAAAAGCAAGGCCAUGCGGAAGCUAAAUUAAUCACUUGUUAUAAUCCCAUAUGUAAUUUGAUAACCCCAUUAAAAGACUGUG